UACGCAGGACAGUGCCGAUCCGUGGGUAUCGUUCAGUGUUAACCUGAGUGAAGUAAUUUUCUUCCUUACUUAUUUUUCAACAUGUUCAUCUCUCCUAGACUUAAUUGGAUCAUCACGAACUCUAUAUUGACAUCUAUUAGUGGCUGCUACAGGACGUGAAUGCAUUAUUUCAACUCAUCAGACUUGUAAAUCAGCACUUGCUUUAUGACUUUUGCUUUUACGAUAAACCAAUGUUGUUGUUAUAGGAUUUUUAUAAAAUUUUAAGGUAAACGUACGAGUGUAUAUGGAAAGUGAAUGAAAGUGCGAGUUUUAAUUUUCUAGCAUUAAAUUCUCGUGGAUUUGAUAGGCGAUAAAACCAUAUGUUGUGAAUAAAGAGAUAAACUGACGAGAUGACAAUGGGGGAGACCGAGGAGAAGGUGCCUGAGGAUGAAAAACCCACAGACCUGAACCAUAUAGAGCACCCACAAGUAACAAAAUUCAUGGAAGCGAAUAACAAAACUCAUAUCGUGUUAGAGGAUGGAGAGGGAGGGGAACAUAGAGAAACUUGGAACAAGAAAAUUGACUUUUUACUUUCUGUGAUAGGAUUUGCCGUUGAUUUGGCUAAUGUCUGGCGAUUUCCAUUCUUGUGUUAUAAAAAUGGAGGAGGUGCCUUCUUGAUACCGUACGGUCUGAUGCUGAUAUUUGGCGGUAUACCAUUGUUUUAUAUGGAACUUGCACUCGGACAAUUUUACAGAACGGGGGCCAUAACAUGUUGGGGUAGAAUAUGUCCGUUAUUCAAAGGAAUUGGCUGGGCAGUGGUGUUAAUUGCAUUUUAUACAGACUUUUUCUACAAUGUUGUUAUCGCGUGGGCGUUACAUUUUUUCUUUGCUUCAUUCACGGGUAAUCUCCCUUGGGAAAAGUGUAACAAUGACUGGAACACUCCAUUAUGUUAUGAGGGUAUAAUGGACCCUCCCGAAGGAAAUUCUAGUGACACUAACAGCACCAUAGAUUAUAUGUCAAACAUGACGUCCAGUAAUGAAACUGUGCAAAGAGUGUCUCCAGCUCAUGAAUAUUUUGAGCGAGGGAUGUUACAGCUACACAAAAGUGGUGGUAUAUUUGCUGUAGGACAGAUAAACUGGCAGCUGAUGUUGUGUCUGCUUGGCGUAUAUCUCAUCUGCUAUUUCAGUCUCUGGAAAGGAAUUCAUACUUCCGGAAAGGUUGUAUGGUUCACAGCUUUGUUUCCCUAUGUAGUGCUGUUUAUUUUAUUGAUACGUGGGGCCACUCUACCAGGGGCCGCAGAUGGUGUCAAAUACUACCUUCGACCAAACGUAACAAGACUGGCAACGUCAGGGGUGUGGAUUGAUGCAGGGACACAAGUUUUCUUCUCGUUGGGACCAGGUUUCGGUGUGUUACUCGCAUUUGCCAGCUACAAUAAAAGAAAUAAUAAUGUAUACCGAGAUGCAAUAAUUACAAGCAUGGUGAAUUGCUGCACCAGCUUCUUUUCUGGAUUUGUGAUUUUUAUGAUCCUUGGUUACAUGGCGGACAGGGCAAAAGUGAGCAUAGAAACCGUCGCUACGGAAGGUCCAGGACUUGUGUUUGAAGCUUAUCCUAUGGCGAUCGCGACGUUACCCGGAUCAACGUUCUGGGCUAUCAUUUUCUUCCUUAUGUUGCUUACACUUGGGCUUGACAGUUCGUUUGGAGGUUCAGAAGCCAUUAUUACAGCGUUGUCUGACGAGUUCCCCAUACUUCGCAAGCACAGAGAGAUAUUUGUAGCUGUACUCUUUGGUGUAUACUUUAUUAUCGGACUUUCUUUUGUAUCACAGGGUGGAGCGUACGUGGUGACGUUAAUGGACAAGUAUGCAGCCGGAUAUUCUAUUUUGUUUGCCGUUUUCUUCGAAACUUUGGCUGUUUCUUGGGCAUAUGGUGUUGAGAGAUUCUCAAACGAUAUUGAAUCAAUGAUUGGGUUUCGGCCAGGCAUUUAUUGGAGAGUUACUUGGAAAUAUCUAGCACCGGUGUUCUUGCUGUUUAUCAUGAUCUUUGGCCUUGUGAACUACGUUCCUCUAGAAUACGACACCUACGAGUAUCCGUGGCAGGCUAACUUCAUUGGCUGGUGUAUUGCCUUAUCGAGUAUAUUGUGUAUACCUGGCUUUGCACUCUACCAGUUCUUGAGAACAAAAGGAUCCAUUUCAGAGCGGUUCCAUUACCUGUUAACUCCUUACUUGGACAAUGCUGCCAACUGCGAGGGUGUGGCUUACAAUGACGUCAGAGUCAAUGGAGGAGUGGUGGGCGUGCACGUUUAAAAAUAAUGGCCAAUCAGCCACCUCAACGUUUUCACGAAGCAUGCCAAAAUGCAUUCGCAAGUGUUACUGAAAAGUGCGAUACCAAAUAGAAAUCUGAAAUGCAGAUAUAUAAAGGGAUUGUGCAUUUAAGACAUGAAUGGAGUACAUUGGGAGAUAUUCCACUCGAAUUCACAAUGAGUUCAUAAGUGCAAUAAUUAAAAUUUGAUAUUGUUAGUGUUUAUACUUGUAAUAUGUUGUAUUUUUUCACAAGAAUAUUCACUCUUGUAUUUUAUAUAAAAGCAGCACACACUUGGUGCGCUGAAUAUGUAUGCAAGAGUACCUACAGAAUUCUGACACAGAAACAGAUAUUUAAUCAAAAACGUAUUACUUGGCGAAAAAAAAAGACAUUUUUAUACUGGUUCAUUAUCUAGAACAGUUUCCGUUCCUGAAAAAGUAAACAGUUUACUUCAGAUAUACGUUACUAUGCAGUUAAAAUUCAUGUUCAAAGAAAAACUAUGACUUUUUAUAAUUUUGGCAUUAAGAAAACGGGCAUGAAGCAACAUUUGUGAAACGGCCCCCGUGUUGCACCUACACACGUAUUACCGGAUAACAAUGGAUUUAACUAGUUUAUGUUACAAGUGUUUUUUUUUAAUUUUGGCAAGAUAUAAAUUGUUACAUGUUGUAGCUGUUUCAGUAAAUACUGAUUGAAUGCUACCCGUAAGAUGUGCUGUAAAUAGUUUGUUACUGUUGUUAAUAUAUGAUGUUGUGACAUUGUUAAGUUUGUAGGAUUUUAGCUCUAUGCACAGUUUUAACACAAGUAUGUAGGCAAUUGCUAAACAGAGAAGACACUAUUUAAAUCACUUAUCAACAAUGUUUUCUUGCACCAGAUCUCACUAACUUAAAUCAGUUUUUUUUUAAAAAAAAUAAGGUCCAGAACAGGCUAUUUACAAUCAUACCCUGAAACAUUUGUGCCUUAAGAGUAUAGGUCAGAUUUUAAAGAAUAAAAGUCUUUAAAACAUUGAAGCUUGUAAAUGAAACUGGCAGUACGAUACACUGAACAAAAUUGCCAAAUACCCCGCUAAACCAUAAUAGUCUGCAUUGGCAAAUAUGCCAUUCUUGUAAUAAUACCAUUACUGAUAUCCAAAUAAAUUAUCAGGUCAGUGAUUUUUCAUGCUGGUCAGGGUUUCUGCCUUCGACUGCCAGAAUUUCCCCCUUUAACUCUAUUGGAAAAAGAUUUCAGGCUUUGCAUCACAGAUUUUCAGGCUUUUGGUUUUUGACUGAAUCCAAGGCCUCCUGGAACAGUUGUAAAUACAUGUAUUAUCAUAAUCUGUGAACUGAUGGCAUGUUUGUCGAUUCCCUUAAAAUAAAGUUUAUACAAUGAAAUGGAAAAUAUAGUAAAAAUAACAAAUCGCAUUUUUUUUUUCAUAUUUGGGAAAUUUAAGCGAAAAAAUAUGUUGCUGAAAGGAAGGUAGACUUUAAACAAUUUUAUUUCAUUGUCUGCACAAGUACAGGUGUGCAUGGUAUUAUUCUGACAUCUUGAAAAUGUUUCCCCUUUUUACUUCAUAAAAGAAUACUUUAUUGGUAGGGAUAUAUUCUGGGUUUUUUUGUCGUCAUUUCUUUGCAUGUAAAUGCGUUAAUAUAGUCACUGAAACUCAUGACAAUUUUGUUCAGUGUAUACUGUUGAAUUUAUAAAAAAAAAUCCUACUGGUAUAUCCAUUCAAAAAGUCUUAACUAAAAUUUAGCUGCAAUACAAGUUAUAAAUUUUUAUUUCAUCAAACAGAUGACAAAUUAAUUUAUAUUUAUGAAGAAUAAAUACAUUUUAAUAAUCAAAUAUUUGAAUAAAUUUUACAUCUAUCUCUGUGUAUCUGUGAGAUAUUGUGAUUUUUGAAAGGUAACCAUGGUUACAACUUCAUGUUUUCAUACUAUUGGCCAAUACAGCAUAAUCUUGUUACACUAUAGUGUUGUCCCCAGUAUAACUCGCAUAUAAAAGUUAUCGUUUUUUUUUAAGGUUGUGUACAUAUAAAAAUGUAACUGUUUUUGCAAUUAUUUGAUGUUGUGUGGACAAAAUGUUAAGUUAAUAGGCAUUACGACAAACAUUCUUUCACAGUAAACAUACUUACAAAAAUUAAUAUCUUUGUAGAAUAUCCAUAUUGUUUUGCUUCUGAAAAAGAUUAGUGAAAUGAGACUAAGACUGUCUCUCAGUUCAUAUGGGGAAAUGACAGAAGAUUGUGUCUCAGUUCAUAUGGGGAAAUGACAGAUGAUUGCGUCUCAGUUCAUAUGGGGAAAUGACAGAAGAUUGUGUCUCAGUUCAUGUGGUGAAAUGACAGAAGACUGUCUCUCAGUUCAUGUGGUGAGAUGACAGAAGACCGUGUCUCAGUUCAUGUGGUGAAAUUACAGAAGACUGUGUCUCAGUUCAUGUGGGUAAAUGAUGAAAGACUGUGUCUCAGUUCAUGUGGGGAACUGACAGAAGAUUGUGUCUCAGUUCAUAUGGGGAAAUGACAGAAGACUGUGUCUCAGUUCAUAUGGGGAAAUGACACAAGAUUGUGUCUCAGUUCUUGUGGGGGAAAUGACAGAAGACAAUAUCUUAGUUCAUAUGGAAAACUGUCAGUCAUUUACUGAGAAUAGGUCAGUACUGACACAGAUUCUAUGAACGUAAGUAAAUGUAAGUUUUAAAUGCAACACAAAAUUUGAUUUAUCUAGGGUAACUCAUAUUUGAGCCGUGCCAUGGGAAAGCCAACAUAGUGGCUUUGCGUCCAGCAUGGAUCCAGACCAGCAUGCGCAUCCGCGCAGUCUGGUCAGGAUCCAUGCUGUUCGCUUUUAAAGCCUACUGCAAAUAGAGAAACCUUUAGCAAACAGCAUGGAUCCUGACCAGACUGCGCAGACUGGUCUGGAUCCAUGCUGGUCGCAAAGCCACUAUGUUGGUUUUCCCAUGGCACAGCUCAUUUAUCAAGAACACAGGCAUUGCAUUUUCUCCAAUAUGAUCCAGGGUAAAUUCAUACAAAAGGGUAAAUAAUGCCAAAUACUUGUAAGUAUUAAACAAAGUCAUACAUUGUUCACUAGAUUUAGAUCUUUCAAAGUCUGGAAAUAAUGCUCGGGAUUCGUGCAUGGCGAAAUGUUAAAAACAGUUUCAGUCUAAAAACAUUUCCUUUUUAUUAGCCCAUUUUGCUAGGUCUGAAUAUCUAUUAUCUAUCUUCACAUGUUCUAGUAUUACAUCAACAUGUUGCUGCCAAAAUAUUAUCUGUGCAUUCAACAGCACAAUAUUCUUUUCUAUUAUAUUGUGGAACAUAUAUGUUGUUGUAAAUAUAUGUUGUCAAUAAACAUAUUUGUACUACAAAUAUAUAAAUAUAUUGUAUUUAGAUAGAAAUAAAAAUUACAAAAACA